UGACGCCACUUCAGAAGCGAGGCAGCGCCGGGAAGUCUCAGAAGUCUGGAAGGUCGAAGUCUGGGAAGUCUGAAAGAUCGAAGUCUUCAAAGUCAAAGCGCAAGGGGAAGUCAUCUCGAUCAAGUCGCAGCAAGUCUCGUCGUGGCAAGGGUAGCAAGAGCAGCAGAAGCAAGAGCAGGAGCAGGAGCAAGAGCAAGAGAGGAAAGUCGUCGUCGAAGAGCGGCAGGUCUAGGAAGUCUAGAAGAUCUAAAUCUAAAAAGUCGCGCCGCAGUAAGAGUAAGAGAAGCAAAAAGGGCAAGAGGAGCAAGUCCUCCCGAUCCUCAAGAAGUAAGAGCAGAAGGAGCAAGUCGAAACGAGGAUCAAGUUCCCGAAGGUCGAAGUCUAGCAGGAGCGCUAGGGCAUCUGGUGCAUCUCUUCCAGCUAAACCAUCUGAGCUUCGUGUGGAGCCUUGCGAGCUGAGCUACAAGGCAAUUGGUGGCCUGAAGGGAGUGAACGUCGUCAACGACACCCAGGAGCGCAAGUUCUUCAAGGUGAAAUGUUCGGAUAAUAUGUUGUAUCGUGUGAAUCCUGUGUUUGGAGUGGUUGAACCGGGCAAGUCGUCGAGGAUUGAUAUUCUGCGACAAAACGGUGGUGCUAAGAUUGAUAAGAUUGUUCUCGUCACAACUAAGGCUGAGGAUGGCGAGACGCCAUCACGCGAUGUGUUCAACCAAGGAAGAAAUACUGAAAUGAUGGUGUUGCCAUUGCUCGUGCAGGAAUGA